AUGAGUACUGUGGGCCGGGUUUCUCUGCAGCCCACCUGGAACGCAGCCCUGCUCGCCCUGCUAGCCCUCACCAUGGUGCCAGCUCUCAGUGUGUGCCAGCCUGCCGGCCUGGGUCCUCCCCCCAACCCCCAGAACUGUCCGGUGGUGUGCUCCUGUACCAACCAGAUUGGUAAGGUGGUGUGUACACGCCGUGGCCUGGUCAGGGUGCCCCCCGGGAUCCCCACCAACACCAGAUACCUCAACCUGAUGGAGAACAGCAUCGAGACCAUCCAGGCUGACACCUUCAGAAACCUACACCAUCUGGAGGUGCUGCAGCUGGGCAGGAACGCCAUCAGGCAGAUCGAGGUGGGGGCCUUCAACGGCCUGGCCAGCCUCAACACCCUGGAGCUGUUUGACAACAGACUGACGGGGAUCCCCAGCGGGGCUUUUGAGUACCUGUCCAAGCUGAGGGAGCUGUGGCUGAGGAACAACCCCAUCGAAAGCAUCCCCUCCUAUGCCUUCAACAGGGUGCCCUCUCUGAUGAGGCUGGACCUAGGGGAGCUCAGGAGGCUAGAGUACAUCUCUGACGGGGCCUUUGAGGGCCUGCAGAACCUCAAGUACCUGAACCUAGGGAUGUGUAACCUCAGGGAGAUGCCUGUCCUGUCUCCCCUGACUGGCCUGGAGGAGCUGGAGAUGUCUGAAAACACUUUCCCUGAGAUGAAGCCCGGCUCUUUCCGCGGCCUGCGCUCGCUACAGAAACUCUGGAUCAUGAACUCUGGGAUCACCGUGAUCGCGAGGAACGCCUUCGAUGACAUCACAGCACUGGUGGAGCUGAAUCUAGCCCAUAAUAACCUGUCAUCUCUACCACACGACCUCUUUUCCCCGCUGCAGUACCUGGUGGAGCUCCAUCUCCACCACAACCCUUGGAGGUGUGACUGUGACGUGGUCUGGCUGUCCUGGUGGCUCAGGGAGUACAUCCCCACUAACUCCACCUGCUGCGGCCGCUGCCACUCCCCUGCCCACAUGAGAGGACGAUACCUGGUGGAGGUGGACCAGACCACAUUCCAGUGCUCUGCUCCCUUCAUCCUGGAUGCUCCAAGGGACCUCAACAUCUCUGCAGAGAGAGUGGCUGAGCUCAAGUGUCUUACGGCCGCCAUGUCAUCGGUCCGAUGGCUGCUUCCUAACGGGACCGUUCUGACCCACGGAUCGUCUCACCCUCGGAUCUCUGUCCUCAAUGAUGGAACGCUCAACUUCUCCAACGUUUUGCCGUCGGACAAGGGUGUCUAUACUUGCAUGGUGACUAACAUGGCAGGUAACUCCAACGCCUCAGCCUACCUGAAUGUAAGCAGUGCCGAGCUCAACACCUCCAACCUGUCCUAUUUCACUACAGUGACUGUGGAGGUGCUGGAGCCCACCGUAGAAGAGACCCCCAAACCCAAACCCACAGUCCCAGCCUCGCCCUCCGUGUUCCAGCCCGUCUUCAUCUCCACGCCCACCAUGCUGCUCCAGAGCACCCAGACCCCCCGCCAGGUGUCUCUCCCCACAGCCCGUGGCCCCACCCACCCCUCCGCCAGCCUGGACGAGGUCGUGAAGACAACCAAGAUCAUCAUUGGCUGCUUCGUUGCCGUGACGCUCCUUGCCGCUGCCAUGUUGAUCGCCUUCUACAAGCUGCGUAAGCGGCACCAGCAGCGGAGCACGGUGGCGGUGGCGCGGACCAUCGAGAUCAUCCAAAUGGACGAGGAGGUUCCCGAGGUUCCACCGGCCAGGUCAGGUUCUAGCGAGUCUGAGGACACGGGGCUGGCUCUGCCCACCAUCUUAAAAACAAGAUACAUCUCAUCAUCCUCAUACAGAGCUGCCUACGGGGCUCACUGGACCCAUAACAACCUGGGAAACUCCCUGCACCGUUCCUCCAGCCGCCAGCAUCAUCAGCAGCACCACCACAGCCUCAUCAGCACCAUCGCAGAGCCCUACGUCAUUAAGACCACUCACACCAAGGAGAAGGUCCAGGAGACCCAGAUCUAA